AUGACAGUUUUAUCAUCAAAUUUGUAUUUUACCUUUCACGCAUGGAUUUCUUCACAUUAUACUCUCGACCACCAAUCUUUACAAAAUUUAAUUCAUUAUUUAACACUCUUGCAAGAGCUUCAUCGUAAGAGUUAUGAAUUCAAUAAGGAAUUCUAUAAUUCAAUUCAAAAACACAUUGAUGGAAUCAUAAAAUCCGAAAAUGAUCAAAUUGUCGCGUUGGAUGAUGUAAAAGCCAUUGAAUUCGAUGAGGAUAAAACUUUGAGUUAUUAUUCUACGUUGAACUCAUCGAAAAACCUUCCAUUAACCGUAGUGAAACGAUUUUAUCCAAAAAGGGUUUUUGAAUAUUUAAAUGGUUACGAAGAUAAUUUGUAUAAAUUGAUCCUUAAAAAACAACUUGAAAUUAUUUACGAGGUAGGAGAUUAUUCACAAAAUAUAGAAUCAUUAAGGAACUUAUUGGCAAAGGAUGAUCAAUUCUCACAAAAAGACGCAUCGUUAUUCCUGAUAAUAAUUUAUUCAACUUAUCAACUUUUAGAAAAGUUGGAAAAAUUUGGUAUCAAAACAAACAUAGAUUUAAUAUAUAAUUUAGGAAUUUUCAUGAAGAGAAUGAAAUGUAUUACUUUAGAUUUGGUUAAUCAAGAGGAUUUGUUUAUUCUUAAAUUCUUGCGUGGCAUUUUAAAAAGAUGA